GGUUAUAUUAGGUCACAAACAUUUUCGCGCCGUCAUUUUCUGCCUCCAUUAAAUUCCCUCGCCGUUCUCCACCAUUCCAACCACCGUGUAACACCGCCGUUUUCACCGUCCACCGCAGCUCCACCGUGUUCAAGUUUUCUGAUCUGCUUCCGACGAGUCAGUUAAUGAAGUUCAAUUGAGCUGCGCCGACACUCUCCGGUUAUUCGUCCUCUUUCUCGAUCAUGUUGCUGAGAAACUUGAAGCCUUUGUUCCGCCGGAGAAGCCGUUAUAUCUUCGGUAUACUCUUCAGAACAACUAGCAAUUUACCGUACAAUUCAAGUUGCAAUGAGACGAUAGGAGUUUCAUCGAUUAAUUCUACGAAUAUUAAACACGUGCAAUUUGCGUGUCUACCGAAUGCUUAUUUCAUUUGCAGUGUCGCGAAACUGUGUACUUCGUUAAGUCAAGAGAAGGAAAAUAAACCGUUAGAUAAUGCUACUGUUACUGCUAGUAGUAGUAGUGAUAUAGUUGAUGAGAAGAUAGAUCAACUGUUAGAUAAUCGCGCUGCUGCUACUCGUAGUUGUAGUGAUAUGGUUGAUGAGAAGAUAGAUGAGAUUUUACGUAGUAAUGCUGGUGCUACUAGUAGCGGUACGGUUGUUGAGACGACAAAUGUACUGUUAGAUAAUCGCGCUGCUAUUAGUACUGAUAUAGUUGAUGAGAAUGCGGAUGAAUUGUUAGGCAAUGGUGUUGUUACUAGUAGUAUUGAUAUGUUUGAUGAGAAUACGGAUGAAUUAUUGGAUAAUGCAGCUGCUAUUAGUAGUGAUAUGGUUGAUGAGAAGCCGGAUGAAUUGUUAGAUAGUGGUGUUGUUACUAGUAGUGAUAUAGUUGAUGAGAAGCCUGAUGAAUUGUUAGAUAACGAUAUUGUGGUUGAUGAGAAUGUAGAUGAACGGUUAGAUAAGGUUGUUGGUACUAGUAGCGUUAUGGUUGACUUUACAAAGAUUGAUAUUAAUAAGUUGCCAAGGGUUUUAAUAAUGGGAAGACCUAAUGUAGGGAAAUCUGCGUUGUUUAAUCGUUUGAUACGAAGGAGGGAGGCACUUGUAUACAAUACUCCGACUGAUCAUGUUACUAGGGAUAUACGAGAAGGUGUUGCGAAAUUGGGGAAUUUGAGGUUUAAGGUGUUGGAUUCAGCUGGUAUAGAAGCAGAGGCUUCUUCUGGUUCUGUUCUUGGUAGAACUGCGGAAAUGACUGGAAAUGUGCUGUCGAAAACUCAGUUUGUGAUUUUGUUAGUUGAUGCUAGAGAUGGAGUGUUGCCUAUGGAUUUGGAUGUUGGGAAGUGGUUGAGGAAGAAUGCACCUGGAAUGAAGACUAUUGUGGUGAUGAAUAAAGCUGAAUCGCUCGAUGACUGUGAUGGUUCUCUUGGAGCUGCUGUUGGCGACGCUUAUAAUUUAGGAUUUGGCGAACCCAUUGCUUUAUCUGCUGAGACAGGACUCGGUAUGGCUGAACUUCAUGAAACCCUUAGACCAUUACUUGAAGAAUAUGUGAUCCAAAACAACAUCCGUGAUGAUGAGAUCAAGGAGAAUGAGGAGAAUAACUCCUCUGAGGAUAUGGAGAGUAAAUUGCCAUUGCAGUUGGCAAUUGUGGGGCGGCCUAAUGUUGGAAAAUCAACCUUGUUGAACACAAUCUUGCAAGAAGAUCGUGUUUUGGUUGGCCCUGAAGCUGGAUUGACUAGAGAUUCCAUCCGUGCUGAAUUUGAAUACGAAGGAAGAACCAUUUAUUUAGUUGACACAGCAGGUUGGUUGGAGAGGACAAAACAGCAGGAGAAGGGACCGGCAUCUUUAAGUAUUAUGCAAUCAAGGAAACACCUUAUGAGAGCACAUGUAGUUGUUUUGGUCCUCGAUGCAGAAGAGAUUGCAAAAGCUAGGCGAAGCAUGAAGCAUGUUGAAGUAGUUAUAGCAAGGCGAGCGGUAGAGGAAGGACGUGGUCUUGUUGUGAUUGUAAAUAAGAUGGAUCUUCUAAGAGGGAAAGAAAAUUACAAAUUGUACAAGAGCGUGAUUGAAGCUGUGCCUCAAGAAAUUCAAACGGUUAUUCCCCAGGUCACUGGGAUACCUGUUGUAUUUGUUUCAGCUCUCGAAGCGAAGAGUCAGAUAGCUGUCAUGAAUCAGGUCGUUGAAACAUAUGAAAAGUGGUGUUUGAGAUUGUCAACAGCUCGUCUUAACCGUUGGCUACGCAAGGUCAUGAGCAGACAUUCUUGGAAAGACCAGGCAGCACAACCCAAGAUCAAGUAUUUCACUCAGGUGAAAGCUAGACCUCCAACUUUUAUUGCAUUUAUGAGCGGAAAAACCCAGCUCUCAGAUACAGAUUUGAGGUUCCUAACUAGAUCUUUGAAGGAAGACUUCGACUUGGGUGGAAUACCAGUUCGGAUAUUGCAACGAACUGUUGAAGGAAAUAGUAGAACUAAUAUCAGCAGCAAGAACAAGCAGCCAGCUAAUAGAACGAUGGAAAGGGCUGUUUCUGACAAAAGGACAAUCCUCGCUGUAGAAAGCAGCAACACUACUUGAAUUAUCCAAACUUUAGCUUAUCCUACGUGGUCAUAACUUAAUUCAAAAAGAGAGAGAGAGAGAGGGAGAGUAUUUUUGGUCUUUGGGAAAGCAUGUUUCCCUCUGCCAUUGUCUCAUGUCUUUUUUCCAUUGUAUCCUAUCGUAGACGGUAGAUGAUAGUCUUGUUUGUUUUAUGCUUUAUGUGAAUAUGUCAAGGAACUUGAUUUUUCUUUUUUAUUUAAUUAAUAUAGGGUGAAAAUCAUUUUUGUCCUCC